AGAGAUGUGCCCUCAGCUUAAACCAUCGGUCUCGUGAUUGUACAGGGCACGUCUACAGGAACAAAAACAACCUUCCAUCCCCACAUCUUCCUGAGAGGAAAACGAAGCCAGGUGCAUUUCCAGGCACGCCUGGGAACUAUGUGAGCACCGAUGAGGCGGAGGGUUACUUGCCAGUGCCAUAACCCUCCGCCUGAGACGUGUCACCGCGGCUGCGGCUCCUCAGACCACCAGGGGGAGCAAUCUCACCGCAUCCCUGGCCUCGGCUGGUUUGACUCCACCAAGCGUGUAGUCGGGAACUCUGGGAAUUGUAGUCCUGGGAUGGCAAGGCGGUGUCUCUCGCUUUGCGCCUCGGGACUUGUAGUUUAACAACUAGAGGCAGAACAUAAGGUUUAAGCUCGCAUGUUAAGUGGAAAGGAACUACUACUCCCAGAGGGCCACGGGCUCCUGGGCGGUGUCGGGUUUCCGUCGAGCCACCCUUCUGAGAUUGCUUCUGAGUGAUCAGCGCGACUGGCCCGCAAGUUCAGGACACCCAGGCUGUAGUCCAGCUGGUGAUGAGAUGGGGAGCGGCCAGUCCAUGUGCUUUCCGCCCAUCUCGGGACCCCACCAUGUCGGCUGCACAGAUGUGAUGGAGGGUCAGAGUCUUGAGGGGAGCCUCUUCCGACUCUUCUACCCCUGCCAAGCAUCAGAGGCGUGUGAGCAGCCCCUGUGGAUUCCCCGCUAUGAGUACUGCUUGGGCCUGGCUGACUACCUGCAGUAUAACAAGCGCUGGGUCGGGGCGCUCUUCAACCUGGGUAUGGGAUCUUGUCGCUUGCCUGUUAGCUGGAAUGGCCCCUUUAAGACAAAGGAAUCUGGAUACCCCUUGAUCAUCUUGUCCCAUGGCCUGGGAGGCUUCAGGGCAGUAUACUCAGCCUUCAGCAUGGAGCUGGCCUCGCGUGGCUUUGUGGUGGCUGUGGUGGAGCACAGGGACCAGUCAGCUUCGACCACCUACUUCUGCAAGCAGACCCCACAAGAGAGCCAGCCCACUGAAUCACUGGAGGAGGAAUGGAUCCCUUUCCGUCAAAUCAAGGAAGGGGAGAAGGAAUUCCACGUUAGGAAUCCUCAGGUGCACCAGCGAGCGAGAGAGUGUGUGCGGGUGCUGCGGAUCCUGCAGGACGCCUCGGCUGGGAAGACUGUCCUCAAUGUCUUUCCUGGUGGAUUGGACAUGAUGACCCUGAAGGACAGCAUCGACAGGAGCCGCGUGGCUGUGAUGGGACACUCGUUUGGAGGAGCUACAGCUGUUCUUGCUCUGGCCCAGGAAGUCCAGUUUCGGUGUGCUGUGGCCCUGGAUGCUUGGAUGUUCCCUCUGGAACAUGACUUUUACCCCAAGGCCCGGGGUCCUGUGUUCUUCAUCAAUGCUGAGAAAUUCCAGACGGUGGAGAGCGUCAACCUGAUGAAGAAGAUAUGUGCCCAGCAUGAACAGUCCAGGAUUGUGACUGUCCUCGGAGCUGUUCAUCGGAGUCAAACUGACUUUGCUUUCGUGACUGGCAACCUGAUUGCUAAAUUCUUUUCCAAUCACUCCCGUGGGACCUUGGACCCUUAUGAAGGUCAGGAGAUUAUGGUGCGGGCCAUACUGGCGUUCCUGCAGAAGCACCUUGACCUGAAGGAGGACUUCGAUCAAUGGAGCAGCUUCCUCGAGGGCAUCGGGCCGGCGCUCGUCCGAGGGGCCCCACACCAUCUGUCCAGUCUGUAGACACAACCGGCCACGCGUAGGUCGCUUGAGCUGCGUGUCCACGUGGGAGCUGCCCAGGGGUACUUGUAACCAAUGGCGGGAUCCUUUUUCUCAGAUUGAGGGUAUGUAAUCAGAGUGCUGAUUGGGCAGCUGGGCCCUUUGCUCUUGGAAUCAUUGAUCUUAAACACACCU